AUGGCCGAGUCCAUCAGAAGGAAGAGCUCCAGCAGACAGCUCCUGCAGAACCUCAUCAGUUUGACGGCCCAGCGGAGCCAGGAGGACGCUGAGGAGGUGGAGCGGGAGCGACGGAGGAGAGCCAGGGAGACGCAGAGAGGAGAAGGGAGCCCCUCCUGGCCGGAGCCCCCCCCACGCAACGAGCUCCCACACAACACAGAGUCGGACGAGGAGCUGAAGCCCAGGUGCUGCCUGGUUCUGGAGGAGGACGAGGGCUUCAGCGACUGGAGUCACAGGCUGGAGAAUCGUAGCGAGCCGGAGGUGCAGGAUGACAGUAGGGCUGGGCUGAAGAGACCUUCAACACAACGGUGGAAACCAGAGACUAAGGAGGAGAAACGACAGGAGGGUGAAGAGCAGGAGGAGGCCGCAGCACGCCGCGGGCCAACCAGCAGACAGGACAUCCUACCUGGUGGCGGGGACGAUGAGGCCACGGGGUCGACGGAGAGCAGGAGGAGCGAGGAGUCGAACAGAAGAUCUGCAGCCUCUCUUUGCUGCAGCAGCGAUGGCGAGGAGCCGUUAAACUACGGUCCCAUGAGCCCCACAUUCAAGAUCAUUGAGAGAACCGAGUCACUGAGGAAAAGCACCAGCAACAUAAAGAAGACGCUGCCACCUGUUGCUGUUUCCAAGAUUGACAAGAAACUGGAGCUGUACACUCAUGCUCUCGAGGUCUCCUCAAAGGACGGCAGAUCAGGGAGUCAGGCGCUGACGGACCUGACAAAUCCCACCGAACCCGUCGCCUCCAAGAAGAGCCUGUUUGAGGCCGGAGAAGCCUGGAACCAAAACGCCCUCUCAGUCACACCAUCUAAGGAUGCAGAUGGUUUAAAAGUGGGUGUGGCUAAUCUCAUCAACCAGUGGGUAAAAGGGAGUGAAGACGGGAGCAGGUGCAGCUCUCCAUCCAGACCAGCGGACAGCACUUCUGGUAAAAGAUUUAAGUUUGUGGUGACGGGUCACGGCAAGUACGAGAAGGUUUCUGAGGACGACUGCAGCGAGGACACAAACUGUGGGUCAGGCCUCUUCAUCAUCAUUUAUGUAUCAUUCUUCAGUAUUCACUUCUGCAUCCUAGUGACAAUCUAA